GGUGGGGCCAGAGGCUUCUCGCUGGAGGUGAAGUCUCACUUCCGGAGACACAGCGGCCAGGAACGGUGCAGAGAUCUUACAGAGGGGAUUCUCACAAUCUCCAUUUCUGUUUGUCCAGGCACAAUGCCCAGCAAAUUUGAGGAAAUCACAAGAGUUGUGGUCCAAGAGAUGGAUUCUAGAGGGGAUAUGAUUGCUGUCAGAAGCCUCAUUGAUGCUGACAGAUUUCACUGCUUCUGUCUGGUGAGGGAGAAGAGAAAUUUCUUGGGAUGCCGGUACUACACAACAGACCUCACCCUGGAGGACAUACUGGAGAGAGAGGAGGGUGAAGGGCUGUUUGAUAAGCCGGAUGCUGGGCUCCAAGGUCAAAAGGCUGAGUUCCGAGCUGUGGACAUGGUAGACUCAAAGGGAGAGCUGAGUGUGAAAUUGCCCAAAGAAAUAACAAUUUCAGGGAGCUUCCAGGGGUCUCAGGAGCAGGAAAUCAAGAUAUUGCACACUCGGAUACCCCAGAAAUAUCUGGAUUCCCUUGAGAACAGGAAGCUGAAGAGAAAACUACCCACUAUGUUCAAAUCAAUCCAGAAAAGGAGAGAAAACCUGUAUCUGGUGACAGAAACUGUGGAGACAACAGAGGAGAACACCCUGGAAAGUGAACGGCAAUAUACAUUUUGGAGCCGGCUGCAUCUUGGCAGUCUCAAAUUCAAACGCAAGCAAAAAAGGGCAGUGACCAUCCCCCCCAAGCGGGUCCUGGGCUAUCGAAUAAAGCAGCUCGUUUUCCCCAACAUGGAAAGGAUGGAUAUUUAUUUCGUGGGCAAAACAGAGUCCUUUCCAGAAGAGAAAGAUGGAGGUUCACGGUGCUUAGGGAGGUCCUUGAGUUUGGAGGAUUUCAGCAACAUGAAAGAGAAGGUGCAGGACAUGGUGAGAGACCUCCAGGAUCUGACUGAGCAGGAGCGAAAAGAUGUGCUAAGCUGCCUCACUAGGUGCCUCAACGAAGAUGCGCAGCUGCAGGAUCUAGAGCAAAGAGUAUCUGAGGUCCUGAUCUCUGGUGAGCUACAGAUGGAGGACCCAGCAGGUCCUCUCAUAAGCAGCCUUUUUAAUGAUGCUGGGAUCUUGGUAGAGGCGCGCUCAGAAGCCAUUCUGGAUGUCCUGGAUGCCUUGAGGGAGCUGUCUGAGGAACAACAGCUUGUGGCUGAGGCCCUAGAGAAGGGGACCCUGCCCCUGUUGAAGGACCAGGUUGAGUCUAUCCUGGAGCAGAACCCGGGUGAGCAGCCCCAUGAGGUGGGCUGUAACCCUGAGGCACGAAAUCUUUGUGCUCUCUAUGUUGCUGUCUCCAUCCUGCUGCAGCUAAGUGAGAAGCCUACCUCUGUGUCUUCCUAACUGUAUAUUGGCUCUUGAACCAUUCUCCCCACAAGCCUCUGACUGCUCCUCUUCGCAGUCCAUCCUCACCCUGCCCACCUCCCCAGUCACCAGAAUGAUAUCUUUAAAACAAGCAGCUGGCUAUUCUUUGAUACAUCCCAUUCCCUACAUGAUAA